AAUUCCUUCAUUCAUUUAAGAAGAUAAACAGUUGUAACUUUCUCGUUUGGUUGAUGUGACAUCAAUGACUAGCUGGGACUGCCAGCAUUCCAAAAAGGAUAUCGUCCUCAUCUGCAGCCACUCAGGGCUGUGGGGUGGAGCCUGCACACAGGCUGAAGCAUUUACAGGUGCAUAAGUAGGUAGGGAAGGGCACAGGUGAUGCACCUGUCUUGGGAAGGGAGCACUAGCACAGGCGUGUCAUAACUUCUCAGCUGCUGGCUUAGAGCAUGAGCUUCUUUGAUCCACAAACACACUCACCACAGCGCUGCAGCCCACAGUUCCCAAAUAUUGGUCAAGAACCUCCAGAGAUGAGUAUCUACUAUGACAACUUUUUCCAUCCACAGAACGUCCCUAGUCCACAACGACCCAGCACCUUUGAGACGACGGAUUACAACUCCACUCCCAAUCCUUACCUCUGGCUAAAUGGACCUUCCAUUACCCCACCACCAUAUCUCCCAGGAUCCAAUGCCAGCCCCUUCAUUCCUCAGUCUUAUGGGAUGCAAAGGCAGCUCUUGCCUAACAUGCACGGCUUGGGAGGGACUGACCUUGGCUGGCUUCCUCUCCCAUCCCAAGAAGAGCUUAUGAAGUUGGUUAGACCACCUUACUCCUACUCUGCACUUAUUGCCAUGGCUAUCCAUGGAGCACCUGAAAAGAGGCUGACUCUCAGUCAGAUCUACCAGUACGUGGCUGACAACUUCCCCUUUUAUAACAAGAGCAAGGCUGGCUGGCAGAACUCCAUAAGACACAACUUGUCUCUCAAUGACUGCUUCAAGAAGGUGCCCCGAGAUGAAGAUGAUCCAGGAAAAGGGAAUUACUGGACUCUGGACCCGAACUGUGAAAAGAUGUUUGACAAUGGAAACUUUCGCAGGAAAAGGAAAAGGAAGUCUGACAUUGGGGCUAGUGCUGCCACUCUUGCAUCUGAGAAAUCAGAGGAUAAUGGCCUGACUGGCAGCCCCAAAGCUGUAGAGCAUCAGGAUAUCUUGGAAAAUACAUCACCUGGGACUGACAAUUCACCUGAGAAAGGAUCUCCACCUCCAGCUUCCAGUAGCCCAUGCCUCAGUAACUUCCUCUCCAGUAUGACUGCGUACGUUAAUGGCUCUAACUCAGGGAGCCGUAUGGUGCCUUUGGGACUUAACUCUGAACCCAUUGACAAAAUGGGUCAGAAUAUGGUAGGCUUUAAUUCCUACUCUCCACUCUCUAAUAUCUCCAGUCAUGGUGUGGGAGAGUGGUCCAAUUCUAUGCCUUCUAACCACCUUGGUCACAGCAACUCUGUGCUCAACCAGUUUAACACCCACUUUUACAGCAGUAUCAGCACAAACAACACGCUGUAUUCCAGGGAAGGAACAGAGGUUUAAAUGAAGAGGAUUCUGAGACACUUAAGUAUAGCUGUUUAUGAGAGGAAAUGAUAUGUGGGCAGAGGAUUAGCGUUAGCCUGUUGUCUCUGGGGCCCAUAGUGCAUCCUACCUUCUGACAGAUUCAAACUUGUUACCCAUUAUAUUUAUUCAAAUCACAAACACUCCACAUCCAGCAGCUCCACAUAGAAAAUUUAGGGAUCAUAACAGCAAGGAUAGUGAAGAGUUCUGGGAGACUGUGCUUGUCAUGCUGCCCAGCCAUGGUCCUCUACAGACAUGCUUGAUAAGCUACUAUUUGCCUUGGGCAUGAAACUUCUCUGGCAUGGCACUAAUACUGCUAUACUUUUUAAAGUACUAAUAGAAAUGUUGUUACAUCUUUAAAUACCCACUCUUGCUGGUAUAGGCUGGCUGUACUAGACAUGCCUAGCAAGUUCUUAUUUGGCCAGAGCUGUCCUGAGACACUGAAGGAUCUGUAAUAAAAACUACUGCAUAGUGAGUAACAACUAACCCUUGAACUGUGAGUGCCAUCUUUGGUUUUCUCUCAGAGGAGUGAAUACACUGGCUAAACUGUGAUCCCCUUUCAGCCCCAAGGGAAACACGGCUGUGAAGCUUGCUAGCAUCCUCUGGGACCCAACUGUCCAUAUGAAGGGGAGCAUAACAAAAUAGAGUGGAAUUGCCUGCUGCUGCUGCAGUUGGAUCCUCAUGUUUCCACAGCGUUUUCAAUUUUAAUAACAGGGUCUCUUUUUUUUUAUUGCCUUCCACAUGCAAAUCUCUUCACAUAGGG